AUACGAAUUUGUGAUGAAAACAAACGUCAACAUGAUUUGAUCUGUAGUUUACAUUUUGCAGAACCAAUUUGUAAUUUAUGAAUAUAUAGUAGAACUAGAGUAAUGAGAAGAAUACAGAAAUCAAAAUCUUUACAAAAGCCGCCUCAACUAGUGGCGCCCCGUAAGGAAACCCCGGAAAAUGAGGCGCAAAUGGAGUUGGAACUUUGUUGGUGUGUGCAACAAUUGGAGAAUGCACUUAAUUCGAAUAAGCUAUCCCAGAAAGUUGCUGCUGAUACCGUGAAGAAUUUAAGAGUACUUAAAAGUUCAACUGCCCCGUUUGUUAAGAAGCGUCAAGUAAUGAAGGCGGCGUUGGGCGACUACCGUGGAAAAAUGCUGGAGGAAGAGGAAAAGAUAGCAUUGGCUGCCAAACAAAUUAAAUUCACGCAAACAAUUGAAGCGAACAAGAAGUCCAGUUUCCUCAAAAAAUCCGCUAUAAUGCAAACGGAUAAAGAAUUUCGCUUCAAUUUCUUACCUCCACAAACAGAUAAUACAUCUGAAACACCUAAAAUCGAUGUUAAGAACACAACGGCUUCGGAGAUUGAGCAUGAAAGUAGCGCAUUUAUAAGCAAAGACCUAAAUCUAUAUACUGAGAAUUGCUUUAAAUUUAACUUUGUAAUAGAUGAAAAAAAUGAUGAUUUAAAUUUGAAUGGAUUGUCCAUUAAAUGUUAAAAAUAAUAUAAGUAACUGCAUCGAAUUGUAUGUAUAGUAUAUGUAAUAAGAGAACAUGGUAUAUUAUUUCUUGGAAAAGGUGUAGUAUCUUCAUUUCGGAUCACUACGACAACGGAUAGUUGGCCGCAUUUUCGAACAGUCUGUCUAAUUACUAGAAAGUGUUUGAGUAUGUAUGAGGUCGAGCAUUUUCGAGUGAAACUUCUGUUUUUGUUUUUUUUUUUUAAUUUCUUUAAGUUUUACAAAUUAU